AUGGAACAACUGAUUGGAUAUGUUGUUCAAGGAGAGUCAUUGAAGGUGUGUCUCUUGCAACAUGCUAUUUAUGAGUUUAAGUAGAGUCCAUGUGCUUAGUUUGUCAAGUUUAGUGGUUUAUUCACCACCUUUAGCUUUACCUCUUACACUAUAGACCCCAUCGUGCUCAUAAAGAAGACAGAGGAUGGUAUUAGUAUUUUUGUAGUCUAUGUCGACAACAUUCUUGUAACUAAAAGUGAUGAGGCCGGCAUCUCUACUACCAAAGCUUACUUGCAGCAACACCAUAACAUUCAUGACUUAGAGACUCCGUGGUAUUUUCUUAGGAUUGAGUUUACAUAUCAAGACGGAAAGGUCACCCUCACUUAG